AUGGGUUCUGAAUGGUCAGGCACACUCAUUACUAGACUUCUUCUCCUUACCUUUCUUCUUCUCUGGCAACUUGGCAAUGGGGCUACUUCCCAAAAUGGCACUAAAGCUGCUGCUGAUAAUAGGGGUAAUACCACUGCGCCUGUUGAAGCGGAUGCUUUGCAAGACCUCCUCAGCAGUUUACGUGCCAAUGCGACAAAUCUGGUCUCCUUCAAUUUGAAUUGUUCAAAAGCCGAGGACGCGGAGAUCAAGUGUAUUUCUUGUGAUGAUAACAGCAAUGAAGCCUGUUCCACACCUACAGUGGUCACCAUUGAUGAAAUUGGGGUUCGAUUAUAUUGCCACAACAGUGAUCUAUCUGACAAUCAGCUUUCUGGUGGGAUUCCUGACUGGCUGGGAGAUUUACAGAGUCUCCAAAUAUUGAUCCUCUCAAACAAUAUGCUGACCGGGACCAUACCGAGCCUGGCAAAUUUGUAUCGCCUGAAAGAGCUGGAUCUUUCGAGCAAUAUGUUGACCGGUUCUAUACCUGCUAGCCUGACAACAUUGCGUAGGCUGGAAUAUCUCUAUCUUGAAGAGAACAAUCUUAGUGGUGCUAUCCCUCGCAACCUGACGGGUUUACAAUCGCUCAUGUAUUUGCGUCUUUCAAGCAACAAAUUGAGUGGGACUAUACCAGACAGCAUAGGUGAUUGUAAAGCAUUGGUGCAGAUCCGUCUUCGGUUCAACGUCCUGAAUGGUACUAUACCUAAAAGUUUGGGCAGAAUUUCUUCACUAGAAUAUCUAGAUCUUUUUAGUAAUUCGUUGUCAGGCCAUAUUCCUCCCGAACUAGGAAAACUGUCUUCACUCUCCUUUCUGAAUCUGGAUGACAAUAAUCUUGAGGGAAACCUUCCAACGGAGCUUGGGAAUUUGGUCAGUCUAACGGACCUUGUAGUUGGUGGAAACAAUUUGACUGGUCCGAUACCUCAUUAUUUUGCUAACUGGGUCAACCUCACCAAACUGACUCUUAUAGGAAAUAAUUUUAACGGAAGUCUGUCAGCAAAAACUUUUGCUCUCCCAAAAUUAGUGAAACUGUUGGUCAGUGACGUGAGCAAUCCUGGAAUAUCUUUCCCACCAGGAGAUCAAGUAAUAUCGAAAAGUUUGGUUUAUGUGGUUCUGAGGAAUUGCAAAAUUAAUGGUUCAAUACCCACAUACCUUGGCAACUGGCCUCAGUUAAAAUAUCUUGACCUGAGCUUCAACAACUUAAAUGGUAGCAUUCCGGAAUCGUUGAAGAAACUGAAUAUGUUUGGUGGUCAGGACGUAACCAUAGGAAAGCAACAUUAUCAUAACGAUACCUCAACAACAAGUUUUAACCUAAGUCCAUCUGAAGAUUGGGCUUAUAGCUUUUCUGGAGACUACUUCUGGGCAACAAUCAAUGAAAGUACUUUAGUAAGAAACUCGACAUGUGAAGUUUCUAAUGCUCAGGGAGACUUAGAUAACAAUUUUCGCCUUGCUCCUGUCUCUCUAAUCUAUUAUGGGCGCUGCUUGCGUAAAGGCAAGUACAACGUCCAACUCCGUUUUGCUGAAACAUUAUAUUCAAAAGGAGAAGAUAACAGCAGAGUAGGGAAACGCGUGUUUGAUGUACAUAUUCAGAACAAACUCGUGUACAAAGAUCUCAACAUAAAGGAACUCCCUGGAAAAGAAAAUGAAGGACGAAAGCUAAGCUUCCAAACAAAAAUACAUAAUGGUUCGUUGGAGAUCCAGUUCCUCUGGGCUGGCAAAGGAUCUUUGUACAAUCCGCCAGCUAUCAAUGGACCUCUCAUAUCAGCUAUUUCAGUCACCAAAGCUGUUGUUUUCUGCUUACAAAGUUCCCAGAAAACUACGUCCUUGGGAAAUCGCGGUAAUUACAGUAAGCUGUAUUUUGUUUCUGCUGCUGCUGUUGGCCUUUAUGUGGAGAAUGGGCUGGAUAGGAGACAGAGAAUUACGCGCCCCACGAGGAAGCUUGGUGACGGACGCUCUGGGAUAGUAUACAAGGCUGAACUGCCAGAUCUGAUUGUAGCAGUGAAGAAGCUUGACCCAAAAUCUAAAGCAGUCGAUGAAAUAAGAAGCGAAGUUUAUGCAAAGAAGGUUUUGGACUUGAAACAUGAUAACCUUGUCAAAUUGCUUGCUCCUUAUUCCAGAAGGGACCUACAUUUGCUAAUCUACGAAUUUAUGGAACUUGGCUCACUUGGAAAAGUUUUAUUUGAUCCAAAUGUGCAACUUGAUUGGCCAAAAAGAUUUACUAUCUGCUUGGGGAUAGCGAAGGGUUUGCAGUAUCUACAUGGAAGGAAUCCACAAAUAAUUCACAGAAACAUGAAAGCCAAUAAUAUUCUGCUUAAUGCAAAUUAUGAUGCCAAAAUAACAGAUUUUGGAUUGGCGAAGCUUUACGAGGAGGAAAGUUCAUAUCAUAUCAUGCAAGCUGGACGAGACGCUGGCAAAAAUAAUGCAGAUUAUAGUCGAAACCAAGAAUCUGUUUUCCUUCUCGAUACGGCUGGUAAAUUACAUGCGAGAGGCAAACUUGCAGAACUAGUCGAUGCAAGAAUGGUCCGAUAUAAUUGGGAUCAAGCCAACACCAUCCUGAACUUAGCAAUUAUGUGCGUCGAUCUAUCGCCUUCUAACAGGCCUACAAUGUCUCAAAUUCUGAGUGUGUUUGAAGGUGAAAAAACUGUUGAGGAGAUUUCUAAAGAGGUCAAUACCUCAGCAUGA